GAUAUAUAGAGCUAGGGCAGGGCUUCCGUUACGAACAGUCAUCGUAGAGUGCUCUCCAAGAAAAGCAUCAUCUAACAUCGGCAUCUAAGAUCUAACAUCUCGCCACCAUCUAUUGUAUCUGUCUAUUUAGUCCGGCUUUUAGUAUUUUUAACAAAACGUACGUCGAAUUUUAUCAGUGAAAAUGAGACAUACGGGUCACCAUUUCUGUUAUAUCACCUUGGCGAUCUUGGUCGUAUCAGCCGCUGGAAGAUCAACGGACUCGAUCGCGAAGACAAACUCGAUUGACGAGCAGACGGGACGCUCCUCGGCGGCAAACGGUCUGCUGGGCGAGCUGAGGUAUGUUUAUCAGGUGUACAAAGAAUGCUCGGGAGAGGAGAUGAGCUCUUGUCUGAAACUCAAGCUGGUGACCGCGAUGGACCGCGUGUCGCGUAGCGCCCAGCUUAAUAUCGCCGAAGGAGUUACGGUUGUGCGAGACGAAAAUUCUAGAGAGAAAAUUGAAGAAGCUCCCAAGACACCUCAGGAAAUUGAGGCCUCUUUACCCAGGGCGCUAGAGGACAAGGAAGAUGCGCUUAACACUAUGAUUUUUGACAAGUUUGUUCGGUUCUUCCAAAGUCAUACUCUUAAAUUGAAACUUCCUAAUGUUGAGGAAUUGUCGAGGAGUCUUACUGAAGAAGGUCGAGGCAAAAAGAAGAAAAACAUGGGGGGACUUUUGGCAAUCCCUUUGUUAAUCGGAGGAACCCUGGUCCCUCUGGCCCUGGGAGCGCUGGCAUUAUUAGCGGGCAAGGCCUUGAUCGUCAGUAAACUUGCCCUGGUGCUCGCAUCAAUAAUCGGGCUGAAGAAACUGGUUUCCGGGCAUGAGCACGGCCACGAGGUGGUCCAAGUCGGCCAUGGAGGGAGCGGAUGGGCGCGAUCUUCUGCUCAGGAACUCGCGUACUCCGCUUACAAACCCGGUCCCUCUUCAACAUCAUCCUCCUCAUAAUAAUUAUCACUAAAACUUUCAUAACUCAUUAAAUUACCAUUUACAUUUACAAAUUAUAAAUUAUAAUUUAUCAACUCACCUCAUUAGGAACUUCCCUACAAGCCAACAAUAAAACAUCCUCUGCCCUAAAACCGUGAUUUCCAAGAAAAUUUGGAAAUCGCUGACCGCACUGUGAUUUUUUCAUUUUUUUAUCGCUCCCAUGCACAAUCGUAAUCAUCCAUCCAAAUUACCAUUUAUCACCCGCAGUAUUUUAUUUAUUUUCCAGCAUGUAUCUAUAGAAAACAAAACGAAGACUAAUAUUAAAAUUAUAAAUAAU